CUCUGGCCUUUGGGUUCGAUCCCAAAAUCCCUUGUGGUGCGUGCUUCUUAAUUUUCAACGUUCGAAAAGAAGAAAGCAUCACAGAAAACAACAGCCACAUGUUGUUUUCAUGGUCAUUUGGUCCAGAAGAACAGUAAAGCAGUGAUUUUGUUUAAGUUUCUGUUGUGGGUUUGCAGCAAAUUGUCUUUCUGUGUAUUGGGUAUUUUAUUUUUUAUGGUUACAGCCUAUUGUUGGGAGUUGAGGUGCUGAAGAUGACGUCUUUUGUUAUGGCAGUCGGAUUGGAGUUGACUAUGGGAUGUGGCCGUAGUGAUUUUUAGGGAGAUUUGGGUGAGCGAGGUAUUUGGGGACAGAGAUGGAAUCUCCGAAGGGGGUUCUGGCUUCUUUGUGGAACUUCAUUUGCUUUCUACCUAUAUUCAGUGGGCUUCUGAUUCUGGGUACCAUUAAAGGUAUCAUUUUCUGCCCGCUGAUAUGCCUAAUCAUGACAAUCGGAAAUUCUGCCAUUAUUUUGGGUCUUUGGCCAGCACACGGUGCUUGGACAUAUUAUUGCAUUGUGAGAGCUAAACGAUUAGGACCUGUUUUGAAGCUAGUUCUCUGCAUAUGCGUUCUACCUUUGCUCUUGAUUUUGUGGCCAGUGGUUGGCAUUCUUGCGAGUAUCAUUGGUGGAGCAGCGUAUGGCUUUCUUUCUCCAAUAUUUGCUACUUUUGAUGCUGCGGGAGAAGGAAAGACUAAUAAACUACUCCAUUGUUUUUAUGAUGGGACUCGGGGAACUAUUGAAGGGAGCCUCACUACUGUCAGAGAUUUUGGGGACGUUUGUUACCAUUCCUACUUCUCAUAUAUGGAUGACCUUCGACAAAAGGGGCCUCCAGAUGUGGACUAUUAUGAUAUUAGAUUGUUUUAUCUUCCUGCUGCAGUUAUAGCUGGAGUUCUUGGUUCCAUCAUUGAUUUGCCCUUAAUCUCACUCAUUGCUAUUUGCAAAGGCCCUUACAUGCUCUUAAAGGGAUGGCACCGUUUGUUUCAAGACCUUAUUGGUCGUGAAGGCCCUUUCUCGGAGACAAUAUGUGUACCUUUUGCUGGUCUUGCUAUCCUCCUCUGGCCAUUGGCUGUUGUUGGGGCAGUGUUGAGCUCCAUGGCAGCCAGUAUCUUUCUUGGUUCUUAUGCAGGGGUGGUUGUUUAUCAGGAGUCCUCCAUUUGGUUUGGGCUUUGCUACAUUGUUGCAUCCUUGUCCAUAUAUGAUGAAUACAGCAAUGAUGUUCUUGGCAUGCCAGAAGGAUCCAUUAUGCCCAGGCCACAUUUCCGAAAGAAAAAUGUGCUGUCUCGCACCAGCUCUCUUGCGCCUUCUUUCUCAAGGCCCAACUCUUUCCUUAAUGCUCCUUCCCGCACAGUGUCACUCAAGCACACUAUGGUUGAGUUGAAGCCACUUGAGCUACUUGACCGCUUAUUCAAGGAGAUGCAACGCCAGGGGGAGAUUAUGGUUUCUGAAGGACUAAUAACACUUCAAGACGUUGUAGAUGCCAAGUCUGAUAACGGUAGCCAAGUUAUUAGCAUAGGAUUACCAGCUUAUUGCCUUCUUCAGAUGCUUCUGCGCUCUGCUAAAGCCAAUUCUGUGGGUUUAUUGUUUGCGGACAAUGUUACUGAGAUCACUAGCACAAACAGGCCAGAAGAUACCAUCUUUGAUUGGUUUCUUCACCCACUUCUGAUCAUCAGGGACCAGAUUAAAGCUGCAAAUCUUUCCGAGGCAGAAGAGGACUGUUUCUCCAAAUUUGUUUUGUUAUUUGGGGAUCCUGUGAGGUUGAAAAACUCAAAUAUUGGCUCGCCACCUGAAUCUGAUCGUAAACGAGCGGAACUUGAUGCAAUAGCCCGAAGGCUGCAAGGGAUUACCAAAUCCAUCUCAAGGUAUCCAACUUUUAGGCGUCGUUUUGGAUGUCUUGUCAAAUCCUUAUCGGAUGAUCUUGCCAAGAAGAAUGGUUCACGCAGCAGAUCAUCAAACAAUGGGCCUAAAACAAUUUUAAGAUCAAAGAGUGCCUUUGGACGAAUGUUUGGCCAGAAAUCUUUCAAGAACAAAACAAGCAAUGAUAAAGAGCCGCAACAAGUUGUAAGAGAUGUGGGAAUUUUGUGAUGAAAGAUGUCAAAUGGUUUAUGAAGUACUAGUAGAAGCUAGGAUCAAUGUUCUCCCAUGCAAGAAGUAAUUUUCCCAGGGUGGUAACGCCUGCUGGCUGAGCUAUAACCUGCUGGGUGGGACUGAGAGAAAGAAAUUAAGGACGGUGCGCUUCUCCUCCAUUACACUGACAAAAGAAGCAUCAUGUAUUUUUAUGUUGUGCAAACCCUCAUUUUCCUUUUACCCGUGAAGAACAGUACUGUUGGUUUUUCAUCAAAUUGAUGUAUUAUUAUCUUGCUAAAAACCUACAGCCAGCUUAAGGUUCACUCACAGACUGACUCUUGGUUUUCUGAUUGAAAGCACCAUUAUAUAUGAAGUGGAAUAAAUUGCGUUUGACAA